AUGAACUUCUUAAACUUACCAAAGAAAUGCCUUUGGGAAGGUAUGAUGAGUUUGAUGUUUAAUCAUAAUUUCAAGGGUUUCGAAGUUCCAGUAGCUAUAGCGGUGGAGUUGACGUUGAGGUAUAUUUACAUCGGUAAUAUGAAUAAUCCAUGGUCAAGAAAGAUGACAGUAAUGGAUAAAAAGCCAUGA